UUUGCAAUGAUACAUGGAAUGAGGGAAAAACUUCGAGUCAAAAAAUAAAAACCCAGCCGGCAUAGCAGUGGAUCUCAGCAAAUGCGUUUUACAUGAACAUACCGAAAUUCACAUCAACUGCGUCUACACUAGUCAUCGCGCCGCGUUCUCAUAUGAUUCAUUUUUUCCUCUAAAAAUCUAAAUCUAAAUUGAACACAACUGGAAGUUCCGUAUAAUCGGUUCUAGAAGCUUCCACUUGUUCAGUUCACCAAAGAUGGCGGAAUCAAUUUUCAGAACCUUAAGAGAUGGCGCUUUAGAAGGAGAACUUGCACCUACUCUCACAAUCAAAGACUCUCUCUCUUCACCUUUUGCCUUCCAUGUUUUUUCUCACAUUCUUCUUCAACUCUCUUCACACAUCAUCGCUCAAAAAUCUCAAUCACAUGGUAUUGUGAUUGUUGCGCUUUCUCGGAGUCCUUCCUUUUAUGCUGCUUUGUUCAAGAAUAAGGGAGUGGAACUUGCGUCUUCUAACACACGGGUUCAUGUUUUGGAUUGUUAUACAGAUCCUCUUGGUUGGAAGGAUAAGACAAGGGAAUCUGGAAAUUUCAUUGACCCUUCUCAUGAAAUUUCAAUUUCUACUAGUUGUUAUAAAACAGUCAAGGAUAUCGAUAAGUUGUUUUUGGCGAUUACUGAACUGGGCAGAGGGUUAGUUGGAGAAAAUAAAGCCCGCAUCUGUGUUGCCAUAGACUCGCUAAGUGAGCUAUUGAGACAUGCGUCUUUGCAGUCAGUUGCAAGCCUUCUAAGCAAUCUGCGUAGCAAUGAUCAAAUUUCAAGUAUAUUUGGGCUAUUGCAUUCUGACCUUCAUGAGGAGAGGACUGCAGCAGCUCUUGAGUACAUGUCCUCCAUAGUGGCCAGUGUAGAACCAGCUCACCAUUCUUCAGAGAACUCCUUAACGGAGAAAAACUUUACCAAAGGAAAAUUUAAUGUCAGAUUCAAACGCAGAAAUGGACGAGUUAGAGCAACGUGUGAAGAGUUUAAAGUUGAGGCUGGGGAAAUCAGCUUCGCGUCUUUUUCAGCAGAAGAUGGAACAACCAUUUCGGGCCUCUUGCCAAAGGUACAAUUCAAUCUUCAGCUAUCAGAGAAGGAGCAAAAUGAUAGGGCAAAGGUUGUGCUUCCUUUUGAACACCAAGGAAAUGGUAGACCAAUACAAAUUUAUGAUGGUAGAAGGUCCCUUGAAGAGAACAGCAGUGAGGGGCCACCUCUUUCAAGGGGUAAAAAGGAGGAUUCUUCCCUAGGUGAGAUUAUAUAUUUUCGUGAUUCAGAUGAUGAGAUGCCAGAUUCUGAUGAGGAUCCAGAUGAUGAUUUAGAUAUAUGAAUGUGCUUUGGGUAGUGUCUUCUGUAUCUCUAGGUGACUUAGAUUAGGUUUGUGAUCAAACAAAAUUAUAUUUAAAAUAAACCUGGCCUAUAUAUUGUUUGGUUGCUAAUGCUCAGAAGUGAACUACAUAUCACAUUCCAUCAUAUUGUACAGCCUACAUAGAAACUUGAUUUGGUUUCUAUGAUUUUUGGAACGUUUCUGCCUAGUGCUCACUGCUCA